UUCUGGCUCUUCGCGCGUGGUGUGGUGUUUGCUGCCGUCACCACAUGAAGCAAACAUCACACAACGCUGAAACAACUCCUCCAACUUCACUGAAUACACUUUCAUUCAACUCUGACACCAAGACGUUCCGAAAAUGCCGCGGUUCAACCACUUAGACACUGAUCGUCCUGUGUACGGCUAUUACUGUGUUGCGUGCGAUCGGUCUUUCAACACCCUUAGCGGCGCAGAAAAUCACUGUCGACAUGCCCAGGUACAUGAGGGAGAAUGGUGCGAAAGAUGCGGCUGGCUCUUCGGUUCAUCAGCUGCUCGUGAUGCUCACGUUGCGAAUGCUUCAUGCCACAACAUCUGCGAGCGCUGCGAGAUAGACUACAGCGACAUGGAUGAUCUGACUGAACACCGCGAGGACGUCCAUCAUUGGUGCAGUCAAUGCGGAGAAGAGUUUUAUAACGACAACAAUCUUCAGCAACAUUUGCGAAGUCAUCUUCCUCAAACCAUCGAAUGCCAUGGCUGUCGGCGCGACUUCUCAGAAUACUCGGCCAUGAUGAUUCACCUUGAAUCCGGCAAUUGCCAAAGUGGAGUGGAUCGUGACGAUAUUGACAAUUGGGUGUUUGACGAUUACAACUGCUCAGACUAUAUCAAUGGGUGGAUGGACUUUUACCGAUAUACCUGUCCAACCUGUGAUCAAAACUUCAGAUACGCAAGUGCUUUGCUGCAACAUGCGGCAAGUUGGAGCUGCUCCCAAAACGUCGGAAGGGUCAUUCAAGACUUGAAAGGCUGCAUUCAACAGCGGAUCUAGGCGAGCGGCAAAGGGCUUACAGUCAAAGUUGAGAAGAGUCCAUCACUAAGGCGGAAGCCUUCGUCUCGAAGGUGCGGCCUGGUGUUGACAUGCUGCUGUUCACAGGUAUGAAACCAGCUGCAGACUGUACAGCAACGGAGACAGCAGACGCACUUGCUGGUACAUGCUGUGGAUGGUGCGAAUUAUGCAGACAAGGCGCUUAUCGGCAGCGAGCAAUGUUCAGGGGCAUGUAUCGCUCUGGUGAGAAUGUGCUGCGGCGAUGUCUACGAUAUGCAAUGGAGGCUUUGUGGCUAUCUUCGUCCUGUUAUGCAUGUCAAUUGACAGUCAGUCGAUGCUUGCGUCUAAGGAGACAUGGAAGAAUAACUAGGUAUAGGGCGAUGUGUAA